UUCGUUCCCAUGGCUCAGAAACUGAUUGGGCUCUGUCUGCCAUGUAUCAUUUCUUACUCUUUGCUCGAUUGUUCUACCUUAAUGACUAAACUUUGAACUGAAAGGAAAGGCGCAUUCAUACAGCAUUUCACAGUGGGACGCAGUCAUAGAAGGAGAAAAGCAGAAUUACGCAGAAACACAAGAAGCAGAACACGACACCCACACCGGCCAUUAACCAUGGCAGCGAGCACUCAGGCUUUUCACGUGCCGACCCCCCUACUGGAGAGUUUGGAGCUGUCCAAGCUGGCUGGGACCACGGUCUACCUCAAGAUGGACAACGCCCAGCCCUCUGGGUCCUUCAAGAUCAGGGGCAUCGGUCACUUGUGUCAGAAGGUUGCCCGGACCGGGUGUAAAGGAUUUGUUUGUUCCUCAGGGGGGAACGCUGGCUUAGCCGCUGCCUUUGUUGCAAAGAAGCUGGGAGUUCCAGCUACCAUCAUCGUCCCCGACUCCUCCUCCGACCUUGUUAUCCACAAACUGAGGGACCAUGGAGCCACGGUGCAGGUGUUCGGGAAGGUGUGGGAUGAUGCUAAUGAGGAGGCGCACAGACUGGCUGAGUCCGAGGGCUUGCAGUACGUCCCCCCUUUCGACCAUCCCCUCAUCUGGGAAGGUCAUGCCAGCAUUGUGAAGGAACUCAAGGCCUACCUGCCGACCAAGCCUGGGGCUAUAGUAGCAGCAGUAGGGGGAGGAGGACUGCUCUGCGGGAUAGUGGAAGGCCUGAAGGAGGUGGGCUGGGAAGAUGUGCCCAUAGUUGCUAUGGAAACCAAAGGGGCUGACUGCCUAAAUGCAGCAAUGAAAGCGGGGAAGUUGGUCACCCUUCCAGACAUCACAAGUGCAGCAAAAUGCUUGGGAGCCAAGACUGUGUGUACACAAGCCUUUGAGUACGCCCAGCAGGGGAACAUCAUCUCUGAGGUUAUCAGCGACCUGCAGGCUCUGCAGGCCGUGGAGCGCUUUCUAGAUGAGGAGCGUGUGCUGGUGGAGCUGGCCUGUGGUGCAGCUCUGAGUGCGGUGUACAGUGGAGUAACCUGCCGGCUGCAGGAAGAGGGCCGGCUGCCAACUCCACUGGGCCCCCUGGUGAUCAUCGUGUGUGGGGGGAGCAGCAUCAAUCUGGCCCAGCUGCAGGAGUACCAGAGACAAAUCCGGGACUAGAGCCGAGGAUGCAGGGGAGAGAGGAAGACUAAGGGGAGCUAAGGGGGAGUGUGAGGUGGAGAGAGAGGGAGAGAGUGUGAUAGGGAACAGGGCAGAAAGGUGUAGGGUUUGAAAGCGGUGUAGAAAGGAGCUGUUGAGGAGGAGCAGAGGGUUAGAAGGAAUAGUAAAGGAGAUAAUAGCGACUGUUGAGAAGAAACAGUCAUUAUAAUGAGUACAACUGUUUGUUAUAUGGGUAGAGGAUUUAAAUGAUGUUAAGACAUGCUUCACUUCCUGUGCUGUCAAGCACUGUAUGUGGGGUCACUGAUAUAAACAAUCUCCUCUUAUAAAGACCCUGCAUUCUGUGUCGGUGGUAAAGGAAAUGGUCUUCACCUAAAAAGUGAGAGCACACCAGUGUUUUAAACCCUGAAUGCUGGUGCUCUUCUGCCAUCUAGUGGCAGAAUGGUUCAAUAACAGUUCGAACAUAUUCACUUCCUGCGACACAGUGCCUUCCAAUAUUUUGUAAGACUGGGAUUGACCAUCACAGGCCAAACUGUGUACUGAAAAUGAAAUCUUUUAAAACUGAAA